AUGCCUCCCAAGCCAUUUCCUCACCUAUUAUCGCCCACCCAGGAAGAAGACCUCAUCACAAAUGCACAGCAAUGGGCCCUUACCAAUGGGUUGGUGAUGUACCCUCCCAAUUUUGACAUCCACCAAGCAAGUGUGGCUCCAAUCACAUUGUUCCCCACACCAAUUCCCAAGUCGAGCUUUGAGCGGGCGAUUAAAGUUCAAACCUUGUACAAUGAAUUGUACAUCAACUUGAUAACAAAGAGGAAAGGUUGGUUGGUUGAUAUAUUGAAGUCCUUGGCUGAGUUUGACCCCGAUUUUUCGGGCAAACUAUUUGAUAUUUACCAAAAGUCAAUUGCCGAUGGAGUGCUACAACCAUUGUCCUUGGGAAUCUUCCGGUCUGAUUAUAUGAUUGACUCCACUGAGCAACAGAUUAAGCAAAUUGAGUUCAACACAGUUAGUGUUUCAUUUGGUGGGCUAUCGACAAAAAUCGGCCAAUUGCAAUCGUUUUUGAAUUUGGCUGGGUUCUAUGACGAUAAAUAUAACUUCAAGUAUUACGAAGAUGGUGAAAUCCCUGUUUCUACUUCCGCCACAGAUAUUGCACAAGGCUUGGCUGAUGGGAACUAUUACUACAAUGGGGAAGCUGACAAUAAGGAUACUAUUGUCUUGUUUGUGGUACAGCCAAAGGAGCGCAAUUGCUUUGAUCAGCGUAUUGUUGAGUAUGCGUUGUUUCAUGAUCAUGGCAUAAGAUCAGUUAGAGUUACUUUGGAGGAGGUGGAUGCAUUGGUUACCAACAACAGUGGCAAGUUGUAUAUCAAGUCAACCAUGGAUGAAAUUUCCGUGGUGUAUUAUCGUUCGGGGUAUGGUCCAAGCGACUAUGACUCCAAUCCAACCAAAACUUGGAAUGCAAGAUUGUUUUUGGAGAAAUCGCAAGCAAUCAAAUGUCCAUCAAUCUUGACGCAAUUGUCAGGGUCUAAAAAAAUUCAGCAACUUUUGACAAAUGAAAGUAUAAUCAAGCAGAUUCUUCCGCAUGUCACUGAUCAAGAUCUUAAAUCUCUUCUUUCAACAUUUGUGAGAAUACUCCCGUUUGAUGAGUCGGAGCAAGGUCAAGAAGCAGCCAAGUUGGCAAUCCAAGAACCAGAAAAAUUUGUAUUGAAGCCGCAAAGAGAAGGUGGUGGGAAUAACAUCUACAAACUUGACAUUCCUAAAUUUUUAGACAAGAUCAGUAAGAAAGAUUGGGGCGCCUAUAUAUUAAUGGAGUUAAUCAACCCAGAAACUUAUCGAAACAAGAUUCUUCGCAAUGGUGAAAUAUAUCACGAAAAUAUAGUCUCGGAAUUGGGUGUUUUUGGAACGAUAGUUUUUGAUGAGCAAACGGGGAGCAUAAAGACCAAUAAGAAUGCCGGCUGGUUAUUGAGGUCAAAGUUUGAAACAAGUGAUGAGGGAGGUGUAGCUGCUGGGUUUGGUUGCGUUGAUAAUGCAUACAUCUACUAG